UCAUACAAAGUUACGAGCUCACCAACCCCGGACUUACAAUCACCUUAUAUAAAUACCCCCUUAUCACUUCCACCUUUUCUCAAUUCAUUCUCACUCCAACCAAAACAACAAGAAAAAGAAGAAAAUUCCAAUACCCAAAACCAAAAUGGCCAACACCGGAGAAGGAGAUCAAACCCAAGUCAGCAGACACCAGGAGGUCGGCCACAAGAGUCUUCUCCAAAGCGAUGCUCUCUAUCAGUAUAUUCUGGAAACUAGUGUCUACCCAAGAGAGCCUGAGUGCAUGAAGGAGCUCAGGGAAGUGACUGCUAAGCAUCCAUGGAACAUUAUGACUACUUCAGCUGAUGAAGGUCAGUUCCUGAACAUGCUUCUCAAGCUUAUCAAUGCCAAGAACACUAUGGAGAUCGGUGUUUACACUGGCUACUCUCUCCUUGCCACAGCUCUGGCUAUCCCAGAUGACGGAAAGAUUCUGGCUAUGGAUAUUAACAGAGAGAAUUUCGAAUUGGGUCUUCCUAGUAUUGAAAAAGCCGGCGUUGCUCACAAGAUUGAUUUCAGAGAAGGCCCUGCUCUCCCUGUUCUUGAUCAAAUGAUCGAAGAUGGUAAGUACCAUGGAACCUUUGACUUUAUCUUCGUUGACGCUGACAAGGACAACUACUUGAACUACCACAAGAGAUUGAUCGAUCUAGUUAAGGUCGGGGGUGUAAUCGGGUACGACAACACUCUCUGGAACGGUUCUGUGGUCGCACCACCAGACGCGCCACUAAGAAAGUACGUUAGGUACUACAGAGACUUUGUUAUUGAGCUUAACAAAGCACUCGCUGCUGACCCUAGGAUCGAGAUCUGUAUGCUUCCAGUUGGUGAUGGAGUCACUAUCUGCCGUCGGAUCAGUUAAGUCAUCAUUGCAAAAGAAAGAGGGGAAAAAACCAAUGUUGAUUGAUUAUUAUUGUUGCUUGCAUAUGAUAAUUGACAAGAGAAAAGUCAAUAAUUUUUUUUUUCUUUCUUAUUUUAAUUUCUUCUUCUAAUGUUUUGUAAUUUACACAAUUGUUGUAUUUGGCAAUUGGGCUGAAAUAUCUUUAAAAAAAAUUAUAUAUAUAUAUAUAAUUUGAUGCUUUCUGAUU